AUGUCUGCGCCUAGCAUUCAAAAGUACUUCCUCGCAAAGCUGGUUGUUGUGUUCAUCUAUGUUUACAUAGGAAACACAAUUCCAAUUGUGGUAAACACGUGGCCAUUCACAGAAGCAACCAUUAAAGGGUGGAACGUCAUCGCUAAUAAUGGAUCGGCUUUGGACGCAGUUGAGCAAGGUGGAUCGGUGUGCGAGGAGUUCGGAAAGUGUGCCACAAGUGUGGGAUACGGUGCUGAUCCAGACGAAAUAGGGGAGACCACUCUGGACGCCAUGAUCAUGGAUGGGACAAGCCACGAUGUUGGGGCGGUGGGGGACCUGAGACGGGUUAAAUCAGCCUUGUCGGUGGCUAGGGCCGUACUGGAGUAUACAACUCAUACCUUCUUAGUCGGCGAGUCAGCUACAAAUUUUGCUGCGGAGAUGGGUUUCAGUGUCGUCGAUCUGCACAGCAAUUUUUCCACACAGCAGUUCAAAAGUUGGAGGAAAGCCAACUGUCAACCCAAUUAUCGGCAGAAUGUUGCACCCGACCCCACGAAAUCAUGUGGACCAUAUCAGCCUGUCAAGCGCCGAGCCAGACGACAGGUGGAGCGCAGUUCUCGCGUGAGUCCGUGGGUAGACGAGAACAAUCACGACACUAUCGGGUUGAUCGCCAUCGACAAAGAUGGCAACAUCGCGGGGGGUACCACAACAAAUGGGAUGAAUCAUAAAGUUCCAGGUCGAGUCGGGGAUUCUCCAGUAGCUGGCGCCGGAGCUUACGUGGACAAAGAUAUAGGUGGCGCUGCCGGAACGGGGGAUGGUGAUGUCAUGAUGAGAUUUUUGCCCGCUUACCAGACAGUGUCUUACAUGGAGCAGGGACUUACCCCAGCGGAUGCUGCAGAAAGAAGUAUUAACCGAAUUCUCAAAUAUUAUCCUACGUUUUCGGGAGCUGUUGUUGCGGUAAAUCUUAAAGGAGAUCAUGGCGGAGCGUGUCACGGAUUUGACCUCUUUCCUUACAGUGUUCAGUCAGCACAGCUGCAAAACGUGACUGUAUAUAAUGUGACCUGCAUUAAAAAAUAUGUAAAGUAUUCUGCGUCCGACAGAAAAGAAAGUAAUUAUUUCAACCUUAUAGAUUGGAUUUCGCGUUUCAUUCUCUAUUAUACUCAGAAUGUAUGAAUAAAAUUAUAGCU